AUGGGCAAGAAGCAAAAGAAGGGAGAGAAGGGAGCGGUGACAAACUUUAUCACCCGAACUCAAGCUGUCAAAAAGCUGCAGAUUAGUUUGGCCCAUUUCAGACGGUUAUGUAUUUUGAAAGGAAUCUACCCUCGGGAACCCAAGAACAAGAAGAAGGUGGGAAAGGGUUCCACCGCUCCCAAAACAUACUACUACCGCAAAGACAUUCAAUUCCUCCUCCACGAACCUGUUCUCCACACCCUCCGUGAGCAAAAAAUCUUUGCUCGAAAACUCAGCAAGGCCAUCGCAAAGCGUGAAUGGUCGCAAGCAAAGAAUCUGGAGGAAAGUAAACCAGAGUAUACACUUGACCAUAUCAUCCGAGAACGAUACCCAACGUUCGUCGAUGCCCUGAGGGAUUUGGAUGAUGCCCUAUCAAUGGUCUUUCUGUUUGCUACCCUACCGGCUACCGAUAAGAUAAAAAGUGAACAUGUGCGUCAGUGUCAGAGACUGAGCGCGGAAUUCCAGCACUACGUUAUGGUGUCGAGGAGCUUGAGAAAGGUGUUUUUGUCCAUCAAAGGAAUCUACUACCAGGCUGAAAUCAAAGGGCAGCAAAUAACUUGGAUUGUACCCUAUCAGUUCUCACAACACGUAAGACUACCGUGUCUGAUUGUGUCAUUGAAAGCGCGCGCUGAACAUGAUAUAUCAAUAGGUUCCCACCGACGUCGACUUUAG